ACCAAUCACAACCGUCAACGUAACCAGCCAUCAAAUCAGAAUAAUAAGAACUGCAUAAACUUUAGACAGCGAGCCGACAAAUAUAUUUUUUACUGGUUUUCCAGACUCAACAUUGUAAGAAACCAGUGGGUUCAGAGUGAUUCUGGGCCAGUAGGUCAUAACACUGAAGUUACCUUUUAAACAAACACUGGAGCAGCGAGAGUCUGGUGUAUAAACCUACGUCACUUCCUGCACUUUCUUCUCCUCAAAACAAUUACUUGUUGCAGUUUUAAAUAGUUUUUUUUAGCAACAAGACUGAAAACAGCGCUGGUUCCCGCCCUUUUUGAUGUUGAAGUUACGUUGCAGAGGUACAAGUCGAUGACGUCACCUCUAUUGUCCCAAUUCUCCAAUUUUGCAGGUUGUAACCUGCGCACUUUGACCCCUACAUGCACUUGUACAAAGUAAACACUUCAUAGAGGGGCGUAGGGUGUAGAGUGGGAAUUGGGACAGGGCCCAUGGAGCUCCGCUGGGGGGCGGAAAACACGUGACCUGCCGCACAGUCAUGUCGGGCACUUCCGGUUUGCCAGAAACUCAUCACCCACACCAUGACCCAUGACAUAACCAGAUUUGGUGAGCCAGUAAGGUCUUCUGCAGCUGUAGCCCGUCCAUUUCAAGGUUUGAGGUGAUGAUUCUGCAUACCUUGGUUUUAACAAGUGGUUAUUUGUGCUACUGCUUCCUUUCUAUUAUGUGAACCCAGUGGGCCAGUUCUCUUCUGAUAUCAACAAGAAAAGCAGGAAGAACCUUGGCCUGAACUGGACAAGGAAGUGGAAGUGUUGAAGUCUGAAAUCAGCUACCUGCUGAAUGGAUUGGCUGUGCUGAAAAACCAUGGACUAGAAAACUUGAAGGAUGAAGUCUUGCAUCAAAUUAGUUGCAACAAACAUUCUUUAAAUUUUCACUGGGAGCCAGUGAAGAUGGCAGACCUGCUGGACAUGACAUUGCUAUUGGUCCAGACGUACGGCUCCGGAUUUAAUAAUAAAAUCUCAGGAGUUUUAGAAAAGAUGAAACUGUCUCUCUGUUGCGAGCCUGUAACGUCCAGUCCAGCUAGACAAGUGAAUAAACAACAAACGGCUUUGAUCCACAAAGUGGCAACAGUGUCAGCUUUUAAACAGCUGCUGGUCAGAACAAUAACUGGCCUGAGCGACGAGGAACUUCAGGAGUUCAAGACGUUACUGCUCUCAAAGUCUGGAGGGAGUCUUUCCCAAGUCUUACUGAGGUUAAUUCAUAAAUUUGACAGAGCAGAAAUAGUGGAUUUGAUGAUUGACCAGCUGGGCCAGCAGUCUGUGGAGGUGACCAGACAAAUUCUCAUAGACUUGAAGAGGACAGAUCUGUUGCAGAGACUCCCUGAGUCCAGCUCAGAGUGUGAAGACAACCUCUCUGUGGGAAAACAAGCAGCUGCAUCAGUGAAGAGGGAGGACUUCAGCAAAAUCCUGUUGGAGACGCUGGUUGAUUUUGAUCUACGGGAUCUGGACAAAUUCAGGUGGUUGCUGCAGUUCACGUGCUUUCGGCGGAGUGUCCCACAAAUCCCAAAGGAUCAGCUGGAGCACGCAAACUCUCCACAUCGACUGAUCCAUUUGAUGGUGGAGAGACUUGGCCAGAGGUCCUUGGAGGUGGCCAGAGAGGUUUUAACUGACAUGAACAGGAGGGAUUUGUUGAAGAAGCUGCCAGAAACAAGUACAGAAUCAAAAGAUUUCUCUUUACUUCUCAAAUCAGAAGCAAACAUGAAACCAGACGUGAAGAAACUUCUUGAAGCAUUGCAGCAUCUCAGUCACAUGGAGCUGGACCAUUUCAAGGAGAUUCUCCAGAAUAAAGUAUGGAGCUGCAGCUUCAGACUAGUCCUGAGACAUCAGGAUGAGAUGGUAGAGAGACUGAAGGUAGCUGAGGUUAUGGUGCAGCUGCUGGAAAAACAAAGUUUGCAGCUGGCCAUGGAUAUUUUAGAGGAGAUAAAGAGGACUGAUCUCCAGAAGAUGUUGUUCUCCAGCUGCUCUGCAUCUGAAACAACACCGUCUGCACAUCCAGAAAGCGGAGGACAUAUUCAGAAAGACUCCAGCGAAUGGACAAGACUUGAGCCUAAAAUCACGGAUGAGAAUGAGGCUCCAACUUACAGCUUAGAGUCUGCAGCGGGACAGUUUGAAUGCAGUGUGUCUGGUCUGCGCUGGGUCUGCAAGGACAAACUUGGCUUUAAGUACCAGUUCUGCUCCUGGCAGGGACACAUGGAGAGGAUGAAAACCAGAGGAUUGAGAUGUGCAGGUCCUUUAAUCGACAUCACCGUAACUACUGGGAAGAUAAAUGAAGUGUACCUGCCACACUGGAUCUGCAUCGAUGACUUCCCCAGCUUAUUAGAGAACUUUUCAGUCCUACACAUAAAUGACAGUGGAGAUGUUUUGGAGAAAGUAUUUCAGGUCACAGCGACACAUGUCAGGUUAACAGAACCAGUUUUCUCUCCACUGGCAGCCCUGAUAAACUCCAUCUUUCGUGUGAAGGUUGCCUGCAACUUGUUGAUUUACUAUAAGCCCCACACACCGUUCCUCAAACUCCAUGUCUACCUGAUCCUGCAAGAUCCCGCUCUUCAACAGUCGGUGCAUAAGGAAGAAUCAUCGAGUGGCUACGAAGUGAUCAAAAAGCCGCGACCGGAUAAGUACCUGAGGAUGCAGCAGGGUUUCACCCUCAGCGCUGCUAUAGACACAGCUAGAGUCCAGCCACAGACAUUAACCCUCAGGUAUGACAACCAAGAUCCAAACUUCUAUGAGGUGUUUAUUGAAAACCCAAACAGGAACUUUGAUCUUACUCUCCUGUGUGCUGACUCGAAGAAGGAAGACAAAAAGCCUUACCCAGUUUGGACUUGUGAAAUUCGAAGAGAUGAUCAUCCCAAAUCUGGCCCAGUUGAAGGAUCAUCUGGAAGAGCAACUUGUCUCAGUUCGCCUGACGAGGAGCACUUUGUGGACAAACACAGAGAGGAGUUGGUCCAAAGAGUGAAAAACAUCGGACCCAUUUUAGAUGGACUUUUACAGAAGAAGGUUCUCCAGGAGGAGAUGUACAACACAAUAAGAUCUCUGCAGACCUCUGAGUCUCAGGUGAGGGAGAUCUUCUCCUGCCUGAGAGCUGGUGAUGCCUGCAAAAAUAUUUUCUUCUCCAUCCUUCAGAACAAAGAAAGAAACCUCAUUGCUGACCUCCAGAAGCAGAAGAAAAUGCUUAGGGAAGAAUCUGAACCAAAACACACAAAAGGUUUCUUUAUUCCGAACUCUUUAUGUUUUCUCUGCUCCUCAGCUGAGAAAGAAACUCCCUGCAGUCCUGAGAACUGCAGAACCUUUUGGUUCCUUUAAAUCAGGGCUGCUUACUGCACUGUUUGCAUAAAAAACAAUGAAUAUUUCAGUAUUUUUCAGUAUUUUAUUAUGUAUUUUCUAUUUAUUUCUAUUUGCAUUUAAUUUUUUCUUUUUAUAAGACUGAAGUUUUAUUGUUAUUCUUUUAAUAAGUUUCUGAGUUUGACUCUUUGUUUUAUCUUCCUGUUAAGCACUUUAAAUUAGCUUGUAUAUGAAUGUUGAUAUGCAAGAAUACAAUUCCUUGUCAUAUGUAAUGGCCAUAUAAAAUAAAAGUUAUCAACAUGUCUAGGACGCAUUUUGCCAGCAUCUAGCAUUUUUAUAAUUUAAACGUUAAUUUGCUUUGAGUAAAAUGUCUUUAAAAUAUCAGCUUUUAUAUAUACUUUUAAAAUCAAAUAAUGCAACUUUUUGUAUAAUUUGUAUGCUGCGUUAAAUGUAAAUAAAUCUAAUAUCUGUUUUAUCAUA